ACCUCGCAUUCCAUGGGACACCCCCGUGCCCUUCCUGCUCCUCCAGCCCGGUGAUGGUCACGGCACGGGAUCCCAUCCUUCCUCAUCCCUGAUGAUGAUGGGUUUGUCGGAGAUGAGGAGGGCAAUGGGGAUCAGCGGCUGGUGCAUCCCCUGCCUCCCCUCCUCUUCCUCCUCCUCCUCCUCCUCCUCCUCCUCCUCCUCCUCCUCCUCCUCCUCCUCCUUCCCGACAGCGGCGGCGGCGAUGAGGAGGAGCGCGGGGGGGGGCGGCGGCGGGACGGCCGGUUGUUCGCGCCGCUGAAGGGACACGAAGCAGCGCCGCGCCGAGGCGGGGGCGGGGGGCCCCGAGUCGCUGCCCCCCCGCAGCCCCGCCGGGGAGUUUCUUCCACAUCCCUCCCAAACACACCGAGACCCCCCCCCGUCCCUCGGGGGCGGCCCCGCGGAGCGCCGCUCCCUCCUCCUCCUCCCCCUUUAUUACCCUUUGUGUGCGUCUCCGCCUUCCUCCCUGCGCCCGGGGGCCCUGAGAUCCUUGCUGACGAUGGUGGUCGCUGGAGGCAGCACUGUUGAAGAUUAUAUCAUUUACAGACAAGAUCUCUGAAAUCUGUUUCCUUCACACAGCAAAGCAUUUCCAGUUUCAGGAUAAUUUCAGUUGGAGCCUGAAUCCAGAGCAGAAUCUGCUGGAGUCUCCUCUCUGCUCCCAUGGCAGCAUCUGCCCUGCAAGAGAGUUUAAAAUAAUCAAGAUUUGCCAGUUAUGGAGGAAGAAGAGGCUUUAGAGCAACAAAACGGGCAAAAACCACAAAGACUUGAAGAAACAGCACUUCUCUAAUUCUUCCCAAAAGUUCUGAGAACCACCAAAUCCUAAAGGAUUACACCCACCAGUCUUCCUGAUUUCAGAUGUAAGUGGGGUGCAGGAGUUCCUCAGAUGAGGGGUGGAGGGAGGCAAGGAGCCAGCCCCAAUGGACAUAGCCCAUCGAGAGCACCACAGGAGACUGUCUAAAGCAAAGCUCAAAGUGCAGCAGGAAUUCUAAAAAGCCUAAAAGAUCCCCAAGAUAACUUGAAGAAAGACCAUGAGAAGCAAUGUAGCUUGGAGUGAACAAGAUGAACAGACCCAACUUCAGUCUAAUGCUUAAUGAGGAAAAAGGCUGUUUGAUUGGAGCCAAGGACUCAGCAAAGGAACUCAAGAAGACAACUUGGAUCAUGACCAGAAGAUAAAAAGAAAACAAAAAUAAUGUGGCAUAUAAAGGGUGUAAUACCUGGAGGUAUUGGAUCUGACUCAUAUUUAUAAAAAUGAGACGAGCUUUCACGAAACACAAGUUAUCUUAGACAGUCAUCAAGCUUGGAGCCAUCAUGCUGUUGAACUAGAAAUUCUCCUUUUCCCCAUUCUCCUUUCUGACAGGUAACAAAGGAUUGGUGAAUUAUGAUUUUCCCAAGUUGGAAGCACUAAUUUUUAUCUAUAUAGUUCAUCCUUAUGAAUAUAUAAGGAGUUAAACAUUGCAUAUUUAAUGUGGAUUAUAAUGGGAAAGUGACUCAUUAACCAAAAUGGCCACUUUUAAGGACUUGGUUUCAAACUGAGCUGGAGCCUCCCGAUGCACUUUGUAGGAUUUGGGGAAAGCUGUGCUGCAGGGCCUGCUUUGGGAGGCCAGGAUGACAUGUAGUAAAAGGAUAUCACCUUACUGUUGAUAUCUUUGAAGACUCAUAACCAGAAACAGGAAAAUGAAUGGUGGGAAGGAGUGUGACGGAGGGGACACGGAUGGAGGGCCACCAGCAGUGCAAGUUCCCGUUGGUUGGCAGCGGAGGGUGGACCAAAGUGGAGUUCUCUACAUCAGUCCCAGUGGGUCUUUAUUAUCCUGCUUGGAGCAGGUGAAGACUUACUUGCUGACUGAUGGAACGUGCAAGUGUGGCCUAGAAUGUCCUCUUGUUCUUCCCAAGGUCUUUAAUUUUGAUCCUGGAGCUGCUGUGAAGCAGAGAACUGCUGAAGAUGUUAAAGCGGACGAAGAUGUCACCAAACUAUGCAUUCACAAAAGGAAAAUUAUUGCUGUGGCUACACUUCAUAAAAGCAUGGAAGCACCACAUCCUUCACUGGUUCUAACUAGUCCUGGUGGUGGAACAAGUGCGACGCCAGUAGUUCCCACUCGAGCAGCAACCCCAAGGUCGAUGAGGAAUAAAUCUCAUGAAGGAAUUACAAAUUCUGUGAUGCCGGAAUGUAAGACUCCUUUCAAGUUGAUGAUGGGGGCAUCUAAUGCCAUGGGUAGGCUUUAUGUGCAAGAAAUGGCUGGAAGCCAGCAAGCAGAGCUCCAUCCUGCCUAUCCCAGGCAGAGAUUGGGGAGCAAUGAACUGGGGCAGAAGUCUCCGUACCGCGGCAGUCACGGGGGGAUGCCCAGCCCGGCGUCCUCGGGAUCGCAGAUCUACGGGGACGGCUCCAUCUCCCCCAGGACUGACCCGCUCGGAAGCCCCGACGUCUUCACGAGGAACAAUCCCGGUUUUCAUGGAGCACCCAACUCCAGUCCUAUCCACAUGACCAGGACGCCUCUGUCCCCGCCGUCAGUCAUGCUCCACGGCUCUCCCAUACAGUCAUCCUGUGCAAUGGCUGGAAGGACUAAUAUACCUCUUUCCCCCACCCUGACCACCAAGAGCCCGGUCAUGAAAAAACCCCUGUGUAACUUUUCAGCCGGUAUGGAAAUACCACGAGCAAUGUUCCACCAUAAACCCCCCCAAGGCCCACCCCCACCUCCUCCACCACCUUCUUGCGCUCUUCAGAAAAAGCCAUUAACAUCCGAGAAGGAUCCGCUUGGCAUACUGGACCCGAUUCCCAGCAAACCCGUGAACCAGAACCCCGUGAUCAUGAACCCCACCACUUUCCACUCGAGUGUCCACUCUCAGGUACCCGUGAUGAAUGUAAGCAUGCCCCCCGCCGUGGUGCCCCUGCCCAGCAACCUGCCCCUGCCCACCGUCAAACCCGCCCACGUGAACCAUGGCGCUCACGUCCAAAGGGUUCAGCACUCGGCUUCGACGUCCCUGUCGCCGUCGCCGGUGACGUCCCCCGUUCACAUGAUGGCGGCCGGCAUCGGGAGGAUCGAGGCUUCUCCCCAAAGAUCGCGUUCUUCUUCCACCUCGUCCGAUCACGGAAACUUCCUGCUGCCUCCAGUAGGGCCACAGUCAUCCUGUAGUGGUAUCAAAGUCCCUCCCAGGUCCCCGAGGUCAACCAUAGGGUCACCGAGGCCAUCCAUGCCAUCCAGCCCUUCCACCAAGCACGAUGGACUUAAUCAAUACAAGGACAUCCCUAACCCAUUAAUUGCUGGAAUGAGUAAUGUAUUAAAUCCUCCAAACAAUGCAGUUUUUCCCGCUGCAUCGGCUGGAAGCGGUUCCUUGAAGAGUCAGCCUGGUUUGCUGGGAAUGCCUUUAAAUCAGAUCUUGAACCAGCACAACGCUGCCUCUUUUCCAGCAAGCAGUUUACUCUCAGCAGCAGCCAAAGCACAGCUAGCAAAUCAAAAUAAACUUGCUGGUAACAACAAUAACAGCAGUAGCAAUUCUGGACCUGUUGCCAGCGGCGGCAGCACCGAAGGACACAGCACUUUAAAUCCCAUGUUCCCUCCUGCUGCCAACGUGCUCCUCCCCACCACGGAAGGGCAGAGCGGCCGGGCAGCGCUGAGAGAUAAAUUGAUGUCUCAGCAAAAGGAUCCUCUGAGGAAAAGGAAGCAGCCGACCACCACGGUGCUGAGCUUGCUGAGACAGUCUCAGUUGGACAGCUCCGGGGUUCCCAAAGCUGGGUCUGAUUUGAUAAGAAAGCCAAGUCAAAGCUCCUUCCCCGUCAGCUCCAUGUCGCAGCUCCUGCAGUCCAUGAGUUGUCAGAGCUCCCACGGGAGCAGCAAUAGUUCCUCGGGCUGCGGGAGCUCCAGCAGCGCCCUGCCCUGCCCCGGCACCCAGCUGCACCUGCCGGAGCCCACGCUGGGCCCGCCCGGCGUCGUGGCCCCGCUGGCCCCGGGGCUGCCCCUGCGUGCGGAGGGGCUGCCCUGCCCCAACCCCAACCCCGGCUUCGGCGCCGGCCCGGCCCCCUCCAACCACCUGGCGGGGCUCCUCAACCAGAUGCAGGCCAGCGGGAGCUGCGGGAUGCUCCCCCAGGCGGGAAUGGCCUUAGGGAACUCCUUACAUCCCAACCCUGCUCAGGCCAGGCUCCAGGCACCCUCCGCGCCAGCGAUCCCCAACAGCAUCGCCAGCAGCUGUAAUCAAACCAGUCCUGAAGCAGGGGGUUUGGGCCCGUCGUCCUCGAUAGCCAUCGCUGGCACCAGCCAAGCCGCCAUCACCAAGACCACGUCUGUGCUCCAGGACGGUGUCAUUGUCACCACUGCAGCUGGGACCCCUCUGCAGCAGGGCCAGCUGCCCAUGGGGGGUGAGUUCCCCUUCGCUGGCCACGAACACUCGCUCCACUUCCCGCAGAACAGCUCUUCAAACAACAAUCUGCCACAUCCUCUGAAUCAAAACCUCCUCAACUCCCUGCCUCUCUCUCUGCCGGUGAAUCAGCAACAUCUCCUAAACCAGAAUCUCCUAAACAUCCUCCAGCCUUCAGCAGGAGAAGGCAAGUCUGAGGUCAACCUCAACCCUUUAGGUUUUCUGAACCCGAAUGUCAGCGCCGCUUUAGCGUUCCUGUCCGGCGACGUGGACGGGCAGGUUCUGCAGCCCGUGCACUUCCAGCUGCUGGCAGCCCUGCUCCAGAACCAGGCCCAGGCAGCUGCCAUGCUCCCCGUGCCAUCCUUCAACGUCACCAUCUCCGACCUGCUGCAGCAGCAGAGCACCCCCGCGCCCCCCGAGCCCCUGCCCGACGGCAGCAGGGUGGAGAACCUCCUGUCCAACCCCAUCCCCGGCUUCCCAGGCACCGAGCCCUCUCCCAGCCCCCUGCUGCUGCCCGCUGCCUCCGGGGCCUCGGCGCUCAUGGCCCUGAACCCGCAGCUGGUGGGGGGCGUCCUGAGCUCGGGCAGCCACCCCGAGGUGGCCAUAGCCACGUCCUCGCAGGCCACCACCACCACCAGCACCACGUCGUCGGCGGUGGCCGCGCUGUCGGUGUCGGCGCUGGCCGGGGGCACGGCCGUGGUGUCCAUGGCAGAAACCCUCCUGAACAUCUCCAGCGCUGCCGGGAGCGCGCCGGGACCCGCCAAGCUCAGCAACAACUCCGUGGUGCCGCAGCUCCUGAACCCUCUCCUGGGGACAGGCCUGCUUGGGGAAAUGUCAUCUCUGAACACUACUCUGAACAACCAUCAGCUCAGCCAUCUCCAGUCACUCCUCAACAACAAUCAGAUGUUUCCUUCAAAUCAGCAGCAGCAGCAGCAGCAGCAGCAGCAGCAGCACCUUCUCCAGGGCUACCAGAACGUGCAGGGCUUUCAAGGCCAGCCCCAAAUUCCUGGCCCAGCCAACAACCCAAACCCCAUGGCGUGUCUGUUCCAGAAUUUCCAGGUGAGGAUGCAGGAAGACGCCGCCGUCCUCAACAAAAGAAUGAUCACCCAGAUGGGAAUGGCGCCGGUUCCCGAGAGCUCCAACACUCUCCUUCCUCCCUUCCAGGAGCCCCCCUGCGACCUGCAGCAGAGACCUGACCCAUCCCUGGGCCAGCAGGCCAAGGACAACCCCAACGCCGCCGCGGCCGCGGGCGACGCCUCGGUGGACGCCAUCUACAAGGCGGUGGUGGACGCCGCCAGCAAGGGGGUGCCGGUGGUGAUCACCACGGCCGGCUCCAGCUCCACGCAGCCGAGCCCCAUCCCCGCCCUGAGUGCCAUGAGUGCCUUCACAGCCUCCAUCGGGGACCCCCUGAACCUCUCCAGCGCCGUCAGCGCCGUCAUCCACGGCCGCGGCGCCGAGCACGAGGGGCGCGGGCGCAACGCCCGCGGCGCGCGGGUCCCCAAGAGCUCGGAGCACGGCAAGAACGCCGCUGAGGGGGACGGCUACGAGUAUUACAAAUCAGCCACGUGUAACACGCCCAAAAAGCAGUGGGAAGGGGAGCAGAGCCCCGGGGGGGAGAUCAACAGGUGGAAAUGUGAGGAGUUCCUGGAGCACUCCGCCCAUAUCCACAGCAGCCCGUGCCAUGAGAGGCCCAACAACAUCUCCACGCUGCCGCUGCUGCAGGGGGAGCAGCACCAGGCCCUGCUGGCACAGCGGAACUGUCAGAGCGAGAAAAUGCUGGAGGAGAAUUUCAGGUAUAACAAUUACAAAAGAACUAUGAUGAGUUUCAAGGAAAGACUGGAGAACACUGUGGAACGAUGUGCACACAUCAACGGGAACCGCCCGCAGCCCAACAGGGGCUUCGGGGAGUUGCUCAACACUUCCAAACAAGACCUGAUCCUGGAAGAGCAAUCUCCCAGUUCCUCCAAUAGCUUGGAGAGUUCCUUAGUGAAAGACUACAUCCAUUACAAUGGAGAUUUUAAUGCCAAAAGCAUUAACGGGUGCGUGCCCAGCCCCUCGGAUGCUAAGAGCAUCAGCAGCGAGGAGGACCUGCGGAACCCCGAGUCGCCCUCGUCCCACGAGCUCAUCCACUACAGGCCGAGGACGUUUAACGUGGGCGACUUGGUCUGGGGCCAGAUCAAAGGACUGACUUCCUGGCCUGGCAAACUUGGCAGAGAAGAAGAGGUUCACAAUUCAUGUCAACAGAACGCUGAGGAGGGGAAGGUGGAGCCGGAGAAGCUGAAGACACUAACGGAGGGGCUGGAGGCGUUCAGCCGCGCCAGGAAAAGGAACAGGAAAAGUGGAAAGCUAAAUAACCAUUUAGAAGCUGCUAUACACGAGGCCAUGAGUGAACUAGACAAAAUGUCUGGGAAUGUCCACCAAAUCCCGCAGGGAGACAGACAAGUGAAGCCUCCAAAACUCAAGAGGAGGAAGAUCUCUAGAUAACAUUGAAUGUCUUUGUUACUGGUCCAGUCCUUAUCACAGUGAACGUGCACAUGAGUCUAUCUGUAGGUAUUGAUCCAGACGUGGGUCUGUCAAUAUUUCUGUGGAGACAGCUCGCUGCCAUCGCAGGGCACCACGAGGAGCAGUGCUACCAGAUUUUGGAUGAUUAGGAGGGAUAGAGGGUGCUGGAUAAGCCAAUCAGAAAUCUUGAAAGGUUGCAGUAACAAUGUCAGAUGAUUACUGAAUUUUUUUUUUUUUUUCUAUAAUACUAAAAAUUGUGAUUAUAAGAAAUAGUCCAAAUGUUUCUGAGAAAUUUUCAUUGUGUAUAUAGAUAAUACAGAAUUUCAUGGUGAUAUCUGAACUGUAAAUAUUGUACAAUAUUGUCAUGUACAAGCGUACCUAAUGCACACUUUAUCUUUUAUUGUACAAAAAAUAGUGUACAAAAUUCUUUGGUUUCUAUUGAGUACACAUACAAGAGACUACCAGUGUAAAGUGAUAAAUAAAAAUACAGCCUAAAUGCUUUUAUAUGAUAAUGUAAAAGAUGCUGUUUUUGUAUUUAACAGCAGAGAGAAGGCAUGAUUAUGUAAUACCUUAAUUAUGACAUCCACUUCACGCCACUGAGUGUUCAUUGCUAUGUCUGUUUGGAAUGAACCUUGCCUGGAAGUGCUGUUCUCCAGUUCAGGCCUUUAGGAGAGCGCAGCCUCGCAGAUUCCCAACGGGAUGUGGGAUCACAGCUCUGAUUAAGAAUUCAAAGGCUGCAACCCCUCGGUUGCGUUUUUAUUUACUUAGCUUUGAACGUAGAACGCUGUAGAUUUGAUUAAAAAGGGCAAAACAAAAAAAAAAAAAAGAGUAGAGGGACUAUUUUAGUCAACCAUUUCUGUAGGAGUUUCAUAGCCACCUGAGGAACUAAAGAGUCGAUACCCCCGUAACGUUGAGCCCCUCCAACCACCCCCUAGAUUAAUUAGCUUCAAUUAUCUAACGUCAUUAACACGGUGUUUCCUCGGAAGGGGGCAGAGGCCCCGCUUUCAGGAGUGAUCAGGAUUGAUUGCUAUUGAUUACCUUUGGUUUGGCAGUAGGAUGAAAGGGCAACGCUCCACAGCGUCCGGGAAAAGCAAUCCCAGGAUCCAUCUCGCAGUAUUAAAGCAGAAAAAAAAGUUAAGGGUGGCUUACAAAACUAUUAGCAACAGUAAUUUUUAUCAGUAUUAUGUAACAUAUCAGAUUUAUUUUAUUUAAAAAGAAUUAUUUAUACCAUUAACAGAUUCUUAUAUAUAUUAAUGUGGCUGAAAUGCGCAGGUUAAAUCUAUUAACCAAAUUAUUUAUGUUAUAUUAAGUGAGAAAUGUGAAACAUAUGUAGAAAAAAAAAAAAAUUAAUACACUACAGAUUUAAAAGUCUAAAGCUAUGAGCCAUUAUAAAAUUAACGAACGGAAGUGUAGCACAACAUUCUUUCCAUUUGAUUUCAUUUUUCUUUUUCACACGGCCGGUGGCGAUGGUGACGGAAGCCGUGGCAUCCUCUGUCUGCGAGGCUUCCCGAGGGAACUCCCAGCUCACCAUUCCCAGUCCCGGGUGGAGCUUUACCUCCCACCUCUGGCUCCGGGACCACCGCUUACCUCAGAUUUCCCUUUCCCCGAGCCCGUCGCUCUCUGGCUAAGGACUGGCAGUGAUCAGCACCCCGGCGGAUCCCGAGGAUCCCGAGGAUCCCGCGGAUCGUGGCUCCUUCUCCUGCUGCCCGGGUGUGCCGGGGCCGGUGUUGCUACCUCGGGGCUCCUCUCGCUGCCCCUGCCGGGCAGCUCUGUCUCCUCCGUGCUCCGCACCGAGCCCUUCCCGGGGGCUCCCGUUUUUCCGUCGCCGUGUCCCGGUGGCCCUCGGCUCUUCCCCGUCCCGAUCCGUGCGCGUGGGCGAGCGCUGGAGCCCCUUUCCCUCGGGAUUUCCUUUGCCUCUCCCUCCGCUUCGUGUCCCAGAGCUGAGUUUGUGUCUCCCUUGGCCCUUAGGUUUGUGCUCCCUCCCCGCUGUUUUACUUUACAUCCCUAAGAUUAUGUAAAGUAUUCUCGUGCACUUGAUUUCCUCGGUUAAUAAUGGCAUUGAUGUGGGUGCUAGGAGUAGUUUUGUUUCAGUCCAUACCGAUUUUUAUUUUUUUUUUUUCUCUCUCUUUUAGAGUUUUUAUGGUUUCAUGUAAGCAGUUAAUGUAAAUAUUGUGAGCAUUACAGGUCAUGCAGUGUUGUAACAUUUUAAGAAAUGUUGCACCGACUUUACGAUUAAAAAACUGGUCACUCAUACUUGAAUUUUGCCCAUAGAGCCAUUUCUUUCUCUUUGCAUUAAAGCAUAAUCUACUUUUUUGAUGGAGGCCCAACCCUUCUUUCUACCUUAUUAUUUUUUGUUUAAUAAAUCUCUAUUUUUUCUAAUAGAAGACUUAAAAAUGAAAAUUUAAAAAAAAAAAAAUACUUUUUGCCUACUUUCUAAUUUAAGAGAGAAUUCCUAUAUUUAAAAGGUGGAGAAAAAAACAAAAAAAAAAACCAAAAAAACCCAAAAAAACCCUGAAAACCACAAAAAAAAAAAUAAAUAAAUCCAAACUCCAUUGUGGAAAGUGGAUCACCACUGGAUUUGUCAUUAACAUGGCACAAUCACCCGAAAGUGGCUGAGUACAGCGAGCCCACGACGCCGAUCAGGACCUCGGUAGAUUUAGGGAACGCCGUGAUUCCUUGAGGAUGUAAAGUGUUGCAUAUGCUUGUCUAUUUAUUUAUUUAUUUAUUAUGCUUUCUUUUGCUUAAAGUGGGUGACAAUGUGGUUGAGUCAUUCAGAUGACGUUCAAAUUAAAGGAAAUAUUCCUCUUUUCUUUUUACGGUGCGUUGUGUGAACGCCAUAAACGAAACAAAAAUAUUUUCAUUUCUUUCAAUGGGAUUUUCUUCGUAUUUUCAACUUUCUGGCUGGUAUCAGCUGCAAAAAAAAAAAAAAAAAAAAAAAAUUAUAAAUAAAUAUCCACAUAGUUUAAAAAUAAUUUAAAAAAAAAAAGAAAAAAAAAAAACAACAACCCACCCCACCUCUGAUGUCCCAGGUCUGUUAUCCUCACAGUCUAAGGUUUUAGGGGUUAAGAGGAACUUCAAAUUCCAAGGUCUUUCCGAAAUCAUCUUUGCAGAAGGUUUAUGAGUCAUGUGAUAUCCUUUUGGAGUCCCUGAGUUUGAUGGUCUAGAGAUAUUAGAGGGCUCGUGGUGGACUGAAUUACCUUAGGACUGAAUUACCUUUCUUAGCUACAGUUUGUAUUUUGCUAUGUAGGGUUGUAAUGUGAGAAUUCCAGAAGAGCCGUAGCAUAAAAGUGCUUUUCUAUUUUUUAAAAAAACCCAUUCUAGUCUUACUAAGAAUUAGAGAAUUUUUUUAAUAUCAGUUUUGUAAUUUUUGAUAAAGUUGUCAAUAUUAUGAUUAAAUCACCAGAAAAAACA